AUGGCGGACCACGAGCCCUUGGAGGACACUCUUACCCUCCCCGAUGGGCGGAGCCUGGCCUACACGGUCUGGGGCGACCAUACAUCCGCUCGCACCAGCACGGCAUUCUACUUCCAUGGGUUCCCCGGCAGCCGAGCCGAGGGCUUGAUCCUGCAUGCCGCCGCCCUGCGACACCAUAUGCGCCUCAUUGCCGUCGACAGGCCCGGUUCGGGCAGGUCCUCGCCGACACCCACGACCCGCACGCUGCUCAGCUGGCCCCACGACAUUCUCGAGCUGGCGGACCACCUCAAGAUCGAGCGCUUCGGCGUGGUGGGCGUCUCGGGCGGUGGCCCUUACGCACUCGCAUGCUGGCACGACGCGGUUCUCCGGGGUCGCUGUGCGGGCGUGUGUGUCGUGUCUGGCCUGUGGCCGCAGUACUUGACUGCGCGGUGCAGGUCCUUCUAUGCGCUGCGCACGCAUUGGACGUUCAAGGUCGCCGCGCUGUGGCCGCGGAUCACAAAGCUCAUGUUUGAUUUUGGGCUGGGCAAGGCGGCACAGGACGCGUGCCUAAGGGGGGACACGAGGCGGCUGGACAAGGUGAUUGAGAUGAUGGUGUACAUGCUCCCCAAGGCGGACGGCGAGGUGAUCCGGGAGAACGAGGGGAGGGCGCGGGAUGCGGUGCGUGGGACCAUGAGCGAGGCGUUUCGGCAAGGGUCGUGGGGCGCGGCGAUCGAGGCGACGGUGCUGUGCAGAGACUGGGGGUUCCGGCUGCAGGACGUGGUUGUGCAGAGGGGGAAAGUGGUGGUCUGGCACGGGGGCGUGGAUGUCAAUGUGCCGCUGGAGAUGGCGACGGUUUCUGUGCCGAGCCUGCAGGGCGCAGACUUCCGGGUCUUUGAGGGCGAGGGACACAUCAGUCUGAUUGUGAGGAGGGCGGAUGAGAUCGUCGAGGUGAUGCAGGGGAUGCUGUUGGAUGAGGGCAAGUCUGAGUGA